AUGAGUACUAGAACUUUUAAAAAACUUGCAAACGAAAAAUUAAAUACAAAUACUGCUAAUAAACAAGGUUGCAAAAAAAAAAAAGUGGUUACUUCUUUAUCUUUAAAUGAUAACGAUGAUCCUUUAGAUAGUAUCGAUAACUCAAAAAGCAAAAAAUCAAAAAAAUUACAUAUUGCUAGUUACGAAAAAAAUGAUGCAACUGUUACUUCAUAUAAAAAAAAUCAAAAUACAGUUACUCCAGUUGUUGAUAAUCAAACCAUUGAUAAUAUUUUAAAUAGUUUUGACGAUAGUAUUGAACCAAAUCAUAAUGACAAGGAUAUAGAUGAUUUUAAUAGUACAUUAAUCUCGGCACCUUUAAGACCUUCAGUAACAAGAGCUAUAACUACAAGCAUUUUUAAUGAUGACUUUAUUCCUUCCAAUAGACCUGCAUUUUGCUCUCUUAUACCUGCAUCUUCAGGAUCAUUACAAGCACUUAAUUCAGAUAAUUCAUUCAUGCUAAACACUCCCAAUAUUCCAUCAGCGUUUAGAGAAAUGACAAUUUAUCAACUAUGUCUGUGGCUAUGCAAAAAUCAAAAUGUUUUACAACUCACGAAUAGUAUGAAUAUAUCUAUGCAAUCAUCAGUUGUAGAUGGAUCGCUCUUCACUUCCCAAUUAUUACCAAUCACAUCACAACUAGCAAUUCAGAAUGAUAAAAUAAAAGCUGGUCAUGAUUUUCUGGAAGAACUAAAAUGUACUUCCACUUUACCAAAAAAAGAAAAUGUAGAUAAGUUUAUUGAUGAAAAAAAAAUGGAGACUGUGUUGCAAAGAUGGCUAAACGCUACAAAGAUGGAUGAAUUAAAAGCAGAGAACUCUCUAUUUUAUUUGUGCCAGUUUAUUAAAAAGGCAUUCAUCAUUAAUUAUAUUGCUAGAGAUCCGGAAAAGACCAAAACUUUGGACAGUAUAACAAAAAAUAUUGUCGUACCCUCACAAAAUAGAAAAAAUUUUGCCAACAAUUUACAUUU